ACAGAGAAGAACAGACAGAAAACUAAGACCGCAUCACCAAAGCCUGUUCAUUGGAAGAAGAGGGACCACAAUGGGGACAUUGUUCACCAGCGCCCACGAGCCCUUAGAAAGCAGUCAACAUCACAAAGACCAGACGAAGGAAGACAUGUUUCUUCUUCACCGCCAUUAGACCAUGGCCAACACCUAGACCAUGAUUUGAAUAUGCGGCAGCUUGAGGACCUUCUACAGGACUCAGAGAACAUGUAAUCGCAAGAUUUUGUUCAGCAGCCACCAUUGUCCAGUUGGAGUCAAAGGCAGAAAGAGGUCCAACAAUGUUGGCAACAGGCGAGGCCACAGAACCUUGACAAUUUACUUUCUGCUGAGAACAUCGUACAGAUGACAUGCAAUCACUGUCACGUGAAAGAAGCUGUCAUCCGUUGUGGGGAAUGUAUGCCCUCAGAGUGGUUUUGUGCUGAGUGUGAUGGCUCGGUACAUAAACACCACACUCUACACAACAGGCAAACCAUCAUGGAUGGAUUUUUCAAAUACAUCCCACCAACAGAGUCUGUGACACUCUGUGACACUGGAAAAUACAGCAUUUGUGAACAAGAUUGUUUUCUGCCAACAGCUCUACCUCAAAGGAUAUGCUCCUGUGACACCGCUGAUGUAGCAGUCUCUGUUGGUAGAUCCAUCAUACUGGUUUGCAUAAAUGGCCGUUAUGAUCUUCACGUUCCGGUGCUAACAUGCAAACAUUGCAACCAGAAAUGGGCUCCAGAAGUCAGUGACUUUGUAAAGAGUGGUUACUGGCCUGCUACCAUGCAGGCACAGACACUGUUCCAUCAAGAUCUCUUCCAUUCCUUUGAGGCUAUGAAGACAGCAGCUCCAGGAAUGUCCAGACAAGCCUUUACAGCAAUGUUGGACCAGAGAACAAAGCAAUAUGGAAGAACUGGCAAAGUGAAUGCAGAUGCAUUUCAGAGAAGAUUUCUGCAAUUUGUGUACUGCAACUAUGAAGAGAACCAACUUCUUGGAAAGGAGCCAUUGGUCUGUCCAGUCUGUAGCCCUGAAAUGGUGGCUGUUUCUGUGGAUGGCAACAGAAAGUUGUACAGGUUCCAGAAAACAAACCAGAGUGAAGAGCCAGGGUUCUUCGAUGGAGUGUUUUUAGCCCGAGACUCUGAGGUGUCCAGUUUUGUUGAGGAGGUCCGGGGAACUGUCAAGAGUACCGCAGGAAAAGCGAUGUGUGGUGACACCCAAUGGAAUGCAGCAAGAGAGACUUCAAAGCGGGUCAACAAGUUGGAUGAAGAAGGUGUGGAAAUUGCUGUGUGUAGACAUGGAUUUCUUCUCAAAGGUCUGAAUAUGUAUAGAGGAGAAAUCUUUGCAUAUCCAAUGUUUCUCCAAAAAGAGUUCCAGAGUGCUACAUUGUGGGCCAUGGAUGUGACCUGCCGAUAUGUGCCAUACUUGACAAAAGUGUCAGAGGCCUUGACGCAUCUUCAACCCCUUCAGGAAAUGAGGCGUUGCUUGUCUGUGAUGCAUGCCAAAGCCCACAAUACAAAAUGCGAGAUUCUGUGGACUGCAAGGAACCAGGAGGGCGCCGGCACCACUCUCGGUGAAGAAGUAGAGCAAGUGAAUAGUUUUCUCUCCAGAUGUGCCCUUACCACCAAGUAUAUGGCCAAGUCAGUAAGAACUGACAUGCUGACUGUCCAUGCUAUGGGGUGGAAUGAACGGAAAGAGAAUGGCCUCCAUAUAGCCUUGUCUUCUAGAUUCAAGAAGACAGUAGAGAAGACUGUGGAUGUAGCUGAGAGCCUGAAGACAAUGCAGGAGCAGUUGCAUUGCUGUGAUGACAUGCUGAAACAAUGGGUUGUUGAUGUCAAGCAGUGGGCCAGUAGCAGAAGCGCAGCACCUGGUCCUGUUGAUGCUCAAAGUUUGCAGAUCACAAUCGAAGCACUCUUUGUGAGCAUUUGUCAGAAAAAGCACUACCUUUACAGACAGAAUGAUCGCAACAAAAGGCGACAGAAAAUAACUCAAAAGAUAGCCCAGGAAAAGAAACGGUUGCUGGAAGACAUCCAGAGAUACAACCAACAGCCUGAUGGUGACCUUGUGGACACAGAGUUAGUUGUGCAGAAACUCUCUAACAAAGCUGCAGAGAGCAUGAUCUGGCCUUGGCAGGAACAGAACACAGACGGUGUGGACAUCCUCACAAAGAAGAAGCUCUUUGACCACAUAAUGCUUGCCUCACGACUAAAAGAGGAAAAGCAGAUCCUUGUGAAGGAGAUGCUGCAGCACUGCCAGUACCUCAAGGACUCAGUGGCAAAGGUCCAGACACUGAUGGGCACUGUUUUAGUGAGCACACAGACAGGAAGCUUGCCAAAUGGAUUAACCGAGGAGGGGUCCAAGGGCCUCAUCAGUGCACUAAAAAGAAGACUGCAAGACCUGAGACUCCAACAGCAGACCAUAGCAGGCACCUACAGAUGCACUCUCAAACCAAGUAACAGGCUGGUGGAAGAGGAGGACAGGGAAAUGGAAGAAGACAUGGACUGGCAACGUGGCAACAGCUCGGAUGAUGAUGAUAGUGAUGAGGAGGAGGAUGCAGAGAAUUGAAUUCAAGUCACUUGGAUCUGAAUCACUCAGUCACAGCUGUAAUCGCCUCAGACCUAACUUGAUAUACUGUAAUGUAUACUGUGUGUUCUCUCCCUUUGAUCUCUACCUGUAAUGGCCCAGGCGAGUCAAUUGCAACAAAGGCUGCCUCCAGAGCAUUACUGCAGCAGAGCACAGAGCAUUAUUUGUAAAUGAGUGGUAGAACAUAACACUUAACUUAUAACAUGGGUGAGUUGGUGACCAAGCUAACGUUUUCGGGUUUUUGUUUUAGAUUCACUGUUAGGUAAGGGAGUGCGCUGGCUACGCCUUCCCAUUGCGGGGAGGGCCAGCGGCUCCCAGGUUUUGGUUUUAUUUUCACUAACUCAGUCUUGUUUUUCUGUUCAAUAAACUUUCGUAUUAUUUUUUACAUACAUUGA